GGUAUAAAACCCAACGCUUCGUCUCUAACGUCCACCUCUCCCAUUUCUCUAUUUUCAGAGCUCAAGAAAAGGGAAGGAAAAAAAUAACCCCCAAAUUAUUAAAACUCUCAAUUUUAUUUUUAUUUACAUUUUCCUACAUUUUCAUUCGCAGUUGCAACUCCAUUUUCUCCUUCUCACUGUUACUUUGAGUUUUUUCUUUCUCCAAUUUUUUGAUUUUUAUUUUCAAAAAGAGUGAAUGGCGGCUGCGAUUCCCACACCCAUGACUCAGUCUGUGGCGGCGGCGGCUCAGGUGACGGCUCCGGCGGCCGCAUUGGGCGGAGGAUCAUUUGUCAAUGCGUCGCUGUACGUCGGCGAUCUCGAGGGUAACGUAAACGAGGGACAGCUUUAUGAUCUGUUCAGCCAGGUGGCUCAGAUUGUUUCAAUUAGGGUUUGCAGAGAUCAAGCCAAGCGAUCCUCUCUUGGUUACGCUUAUGUCAACUUCUCUAACGCUCAGGACGCUGCCAAUGCAAUGGAACUUCUGAACUUCACUCCUCUGAAUGGAAAACCGAUUCGAAUUAUGUUUUCUCAACGUGAUCCAAGCAUUCGGAAAAGUGGAUUUGGCAAUGUGUUCAUUAAGAAUCUGGAUACAUCAAUUGAUAACAAGGCAUUACAUGACACUUUUGCUGCCUUUGGUAAUGUACUUUCUUGUAAAGUGGCUGUUGAUGGCAGUGGCCAGUCAAAAGGGCAUGGUUUUGUUCAGUUUGACAAUGAGGAGGCUGCCCAGAAUGCAAUCAAACAGUUGAAUGGAAUGCUUAUAAAUGAUAAACAAGUCUAUGUUGGACUCUUUAUGCGGCGCCAGGAAAGGGCUCAUGCAAAUGGGUCACCAAAAUUCACUAAUGUAUAUGUGAAAAAUUUUACUGAAACAUAUACCGAUGAAGACCUGAAGAAGCUAUUUGGCCCCUAUGGUACAAUAACCAGUGCAACAGUUAUGAGAGAUGUGAAUGGGAACUCUAAAUGUUUUGGUUUUGUGAAUUUCCAGAGUCCAGAUGCAGCUGCUGCUGCUGUUGAGAGGUUAAAUGGAACUACUAUCAAUGAUGACAAGGUUUUAUAUGUGGGGAGAGCUCAGAGGAAAGCAGAAAGAGAGGCUGAGUUGAAAGCCAAAAUUGAGCAGGAAAGAAUUAGUAGAUAUGAAAAACUACAAGGUGCUAAUUUGUACUUGAAAAAUCUUGAUGACAGCUUCGGUGAUGAGAAGUUGAAGGAUCUAUUUUCAGAGUUUGGAACUAUAACAUCUUGCAAGGUAAUGAUUGAUUCAAAUGGGCAUAGCAAGGGGUCUGGUUUUGUGGCUUUUUCUACUCCCGAGGAAGCAAGUAAAGCUUUGAAUGAAAUGAAUGGAAAGUUGAUUGGACGAAAGCCCCUUUAUGUUGCUGUGGCCCAACGCAAAGAAGAGAGGAAGGCUCACUUACAGGCUCAGUUUGCUCAAAUCCGACCACAUGGUGGAAUGGCACCUCUACCUGCCGGAAUUCCUGUGUAUCAUCCAGGGGCACCAAGGCUUGCUCCUCAACAGGUGUAUUUUGGUCAAGGCACACCUGGCUUCAUACCACCACAGCCUGCUGGAUAUUCUUUCCAGCAACAAAUCUUGCCAGGAAUGCGGCCUGGUGUCGCCCCCAAUUUCAUUAUGCCUUAUCAUCUUCAAAGACAGGGGCAGCCUGGACAGAGAACCGGUGUUAGGCGGAAUGGAAAUAUACAACAGGUGCAACAAAACCAGCACAUGCUACAUCGUAAUUCCAACCAAGGGUUCAGAUACAUGUCCAAUGGUCGAAAUAGCAUGGAUCCAUCUUUAGUUUCUCACAGUCUCAUGGGUCCAAUGAUGCCUAUACCCUUCGAUGGAUCUGGAGUUGCAUCAACUCCUAAUGAUAAUCAUCAGCGUCCUGGAGCAUUGUCUACCACACUUGCCUCAGCUCUGGCAUCUGCUACUCCAGAAAAUCAGCGCUUGAUGUUGGGUGAACAUCUAUAUCCCCUUGUGGAUAGUCUCACACCAAACCAAUAUACAGCAAAGGUGACAGGGAUGUUGCUGGAAAUGGACCAGUCAGAGGUAAUCAAUCUUAUUGAGUCUCCGGAGGACCUGAAGAUAAAGGUGUCGGAGGCAAUGCAGGUUCUGCGUGAGGCUGCAUCUGGUUCUGAAGUUGGUGAUCAACUAGGCUCGAUGUCGUUGAAUGAUUGAAGCAAUCUUAGUGGUAGAGUUAGAUAUUUGAACCGCUUUUAUUUUUGGACUUAACGAGCUAGUACUUUCUGGGGUCUUCUGCAAUUUUGAUUUUCAUCAAGAUCACAUUUUCUCUUUGCGGGAUUGUUGAUUUAAGAGAUGAUAUGGAGGGAUUCAAGAAUUUGUUUUGGUAGACAUUUUCAUUUUAGCAUUUUCAGACUUUCUUAUGAUUAUAUUUUAUUUAGGACUGAGUUUGCGGUAGAGGAUUUGGUAUAUUAGCCUUGGAAACAAUUUUGGUUUAUUAGACAUUUGAAAUGGGUUCAAGUUUGAGGUA